GGUUGUAUACCAAUAAGAUCGAUUAAGCGAUGUUAUGAGCAUACCAAUAAGAAAACUCGUCCUUCGACGUUGGUGGGUGUUGCUUCCCCAUCUCCACCGGUGACUGCUCUUCUCACCUCCAUUGAAACCCCAGAAAAAUAAAAUAAAAACUUGUGAUUUGGAUCUCCGGUCGAGGAGAUGAGAGAUGAGAGAUAAGAGGAGAUGUGUCGCGCUUGCGGCUUCACCAUCAGAGGGUGGACGAGAGAUCGAAAGGGAAGAAGAAACUGUUCAAUAGAGGGUUAGGCGGCAGUGAAUUAGGGUUUAACUU